AUGCUUGAAAAUAUGGCCGGGUCUUCUCGAAUGAGCCGCCAGCUGAGAGUUAACGUCUCCAGGACGACGGGAUCCGACCAUAUUUUCAAGUUUCAAGAGGCCGAAAUCCUUGCAGGGGGUGACAACCGCGUGAGCCGCGGGCCGCCCGAGUCAUGGUUUUCAGGCUCGCAGUCCAGCAACAAGCCCAAUGACCUCCCGUUACCUUAUGCCCAGCCCAGAUUUUCCCUGGGCAGGGAAAUCAGUCACGUGGGGAGUGCGCGGCCAAGCGAUUAUCCCGGUGACAGUGAGCCAAUUUGCCGAGCAAUCGUCACACCAGCAUCCAGCACGGAUGGCGAAAUCUUGGCAGUCGAUGACUCGGACGCGGACUCACAAGCCACAGUCGCAGCAAUUACGACCCCAGCGGGGAUAUUGUGAGCUGUUAUUUCCAGUACGUAUAUGGUCCCAGUGUGGCCACGUGUUAUACAUACUGCACUCCUUGUGCCACCAUAGAUCUUAUCUGCGACCGUCUCUGAUGAUGUGAAUCAGAAACGUCAGACCAGUCAAUUUCUUGUUCCAGUAAUCGCAUCUUCGUCUUCAGAUCAUACAGAUUCCUGAUCUAAGCCUUCCUUCAGAAAGUGAAGAUGAGUCUAAUUUUUUAAUACGGUGGUCAACGGCCAUCGCAUCAGCAUCUUUAACAUGUUAGCAUUAAUUGGGAGAUAUUAGGUCAUCGAUGGGAAGCAAAAGAGUUGAAGCGACAAGACGAAAUCUCAAAGAGCUCCAUGAAAAACAGUAGAUUUCCGUCUGCCAGACUCGAUAACCAGGUGCAGAAGGUAAGAUAGUCCUUAAGCCAAGACGUGAUUCAGCCUUGGGAGCCGCACUCAUAUGUUUCGUUAAGGAGGAGAGGUCGCUGAAAUGCGCUGAGGGAAAAUGAGUAGUCAAGGAAAUCACAUGUCGAUACAAGCAAAGAUGAGUGUUCCAGGAGCUAGUUGAUAAGAAGUAGAUGUAAUCAUCGGAACAAGGGCUUUUUUCGCCCCCUGUUCCAGCGAUCGCUUCUACUUCUUAUGAACUCACACGUUUACGCACGGGAACCAUUGCCCAGUUCUCGUAGAGCAGAGCGCGGUAAAAGAGCAACAGCAUCUAAGUCCCUGCUACUGACUUUAUAAUCAAACUCGGAAGAAUGGGAGAAGUUGACGUAGAAUGGCAUACGGGCAUCUAAGGCACCUUUUCAGGGAAGUCAUAAGCGCAGAGGAACAUGUAACUGGAUGGACCAAGAUAACUAAGGAUGGGAUUACAUGCUAGUUUCUAUUGAUAGCAGAAGUGCCCGGAACUGUCGCACUCUCUCCACCUCACUUAACUGGACCCGAUGCCAACGGACGAUAAAAAAGAUCGAAGGCCGAAAGGAACGCAAAUGACUGUCGCCGCAAGAUCCGUCACUUAUAUAUGCGACCAUACCCCCCCCCCAUACAAGUAAUUUUUUAUUGGAGACCCCGGUCUGGCCCCCAGUGGGAGUCCAGCUCAUCCAUCGCUUCACCGGUUUUAAGGCAGAGAAUGAAAUGAGACUGUGAUUGACAAUUCCUCACGGCAGUUCACUCUCAGAACAAGCUGCGCCAACCAGCUGAAAGUCAGAGAAAGCUUUCAAGUUUGCAUUUUUAAAAUAUUCGUCUAUGACUGACGUCUGAAGACCUUAAGAGAUUCGUUUUGGUCAAAACUAAAAUCCUCCUUUACACGGAACCCUACUGCAGUAGAUGAAUUUAUCUUUUGAGGUUUCAGAAUAAGAUCACCUGCAUGGCAAGGUCACUCUAACGAGGUUAUACUCUGUGUAGUUACUGCGAUUUUGUAGUUUUUUCACAAGUCUACCUAUCAAAACAGCAAAUGUAUGUCCAACUUCCAAUAAAAUACUAAACGUUUAUGCCGUGUACCUAGUUCCAAAACGUGAGUACUUGGCACAACGAUUUAUGAAGUAAUUUUAAAAUUUUGAACAGUCCAUGUAUCAGUGGUGUGCUUCAAAUGAAAAAAAGGUCUAAACGAUAGCGUUACCAAGGCUUUUAAUCCCUUACCCAGUUAGCCAUGUUCAAAACCAGUCAUAUCGGCUUUCGUGGAUACUGUUGGCCUAGUCGCCAGACCUUAUUUGAGUAGGAUCUCACAGUGCGCUUGAACUGUUAGAACUCCGGUCGUACAUUUAGGUUGAGAGUACUGUUCAAACGGGAAGACGGUUAAAAGUGCAACAGCGACUGUCUUAGUCUAUGCCUUCUUCACAGGUUACGUAGUCCGUUUGCGAAACCAUUCACAACCACCAUCACCAAAUGUCCGAGUAUAGUCGUAUCUAGAGGCCAAACGAACCCGCAUAUUCUCUAAGCAGUGCGGAUCACUUAGAGAUUUUUGGAAGCACGGAGACUUCUGUACCAGAAAGGCGAUGUUACAGUUUGUUUCGGUCUCACCCUUUAGAAGUCUGUCAAUACUCGUUUCCUCACCAAUAUUUUGGCCCAACUUUGGAAAACCGAUGAGUUUUCCAGGGUGUUUAUUUUAAAUGUCUUCUUCGUACAUCAUAACGAAAAACUAUGUUAAUGUAAUUAGGCGUAAAAGAUCAUUCCCGAAAGGGCUACUUCUGGUUUGCCUAUCGAGAGCGAAGAGGACUGCCGCCAUUUCUAGGGCUUGGCAGUGACUUGUGGGUAAACUUGUUUGUACAGUAGGUUGGCUAACUCAUGAAAUGUCAAUCAAAAUUCCGAAAGGCGUUUUCGUUUUGAAAAGAUUGGUUAAGUAGGGUUGUAAAACUCAUCAUCAUACAGAACAAUUCUAUUAUAAUUCAGUUGCCUCAGGGUGCCGGCUUUCGAACGAAUUUCGUUCCGGCUGCAUGCGAAAACUAUACACUUUAAAAAUGACUGCUUGUGUGGCAUGUUUUUUCCUCACUGAUUUUCGAUCACCUUAAAAAUUAAAUUAUACUUUAUGAAAAUUUGCAUAACAUACUCAUUCUUUUAUUUAUUUGGUAGAGAAUUAGGUCCUAUUCUUAUUUUGUACUCGAAGGAAGGGUAUAAUAAGGUUUCAAAAAAGUUUCCAAUUGUAAGAUGUUUAAUAGCCCUAAAUGGCUGCACAUAAGACAUCAUGUCUCGACAGUUACCACUAUGGCUUGUAAAGUUAACAAAAUGGCUCAAAUCCACCGCUAAAUUUUACGAAUUCGAUAUAAUGUUAUCUAAAUGCCGUAGAGAAAUGCAUGGUUUUCCGUGCGCGGAAAGUAUACGACUUGUAGUUUAGAAACCCUGAUUUCAAGUGUUACGGCAGGUCAUGUUCGAAUUUAUUCGGGAACUUGAAGAGUUCUUAAAACCGAAUUAUAUACUACCAUCGAGUAUACAAUUGGUUGAAAACGUAAUUUUAUACCGAAUAAUUAAAAUAAUGGAUGAUUUUGUUCAUGUUUUCCACGAAGUAUAAUUGAAUGUUUGGGGGCUUAGAAAAUCACUGAGAACAAUGCACGCUACAUAAGUAGUCAUUUUUUACAGAGCAUGAUGUUUCAUGCAGCCGACCAGAAUCUCGGUCGAAGGCUGGCAUCCUGCGCAGACUGAAUUAUUAUAGAAUUACGCUGCAUGAUGAUUAGUUUUACAACCCCACGAAAACGCAUUUCGGAAUUUCCGUUGACAUUUCAUGAGUUAGCCCACCUACUGUAGUAACGUAAAUAAAUUUUAUGCAGCCAAUGCCCUACUCCAACGCCAGCGCCCUCUCAAGUCAAGUGGCGACUCGAUGACGGGAAAUGCUGAGUAGCUAAUUGAAACUGACAACCGCCAAGUGGCCGCUCAGACGACUCAAGUCCACAACAACUGCGUCCUAAGUCAAUUUAGAAGGAACAACACUGCCGAAAGAUGGAUCUCAGACCUUUGAUUCGAGUGCGUCUUCAUCAGUUAGUCUACGUCUGCGAAGAAUGCAUAAUAGUUUUCGGCUAGACUAAAAUACAGUCACAAAGGAAAGGCCAUUUCUGACACUGGAGCCACCUGGCGAGUUCUGUUUAGCAGAUCAGACGACGAAGAUGCGACCACUGGCACAAGAAAUGUACUGACCAUAUAUUGGCGAAUCUAACCGUAUAAAAACGCUGACACGCGAGAUUAAUGCGACACUGUUGGCGAUGGGGAACUCAUGUACAACUGCGCCAAUCGACCGACGCAUGUUGAGUGCGCAAGAAACGGCCCUGGACCAAUUCUACGGUCUCCCAAAAGUACGCAAGCAGGGCAUUCAUCUCCGACAUAUGGUGUCACUAAAGGACACACUAACCUACGGACUGGAAAAGUGGCUUUUUCGACGUCUCAAGUUUUUAACCUCCGAUUCGAACACCAAGGUCAGCUCGUCAACACAAUUCUUGCCGAAACUUAAAGGAGUAUGCCUCCUUCCAAUCGGUGUCAUGGUUUCCUUUGGGGUCACAUCCCUUUUUACUUCUAUCCCACAGGACCUGGCAGUCGAGACCAUCAAAACACUCCUACGAGGGAAAUACGACGAAAAAGGAGAAUCGCCUCGGACACGCCCAAAUUAUCCAGUUCCUGAAGCUCUGUCUCAAGACGUACUUUACGUUCGACAGAACAAUCUACGAGCAGUUGAAAGGAACGCCAAUGGGGUCGCCGAUUUCGGGACUCAUAGCCGAGGCGGUCCUAAAACGGUUGGAGUAG